AUGCUUCCACGCACCAAGUACAACCGCUUCAGGAAUGACUCGGUGACAUCGGUCGAUGACCUUCUGCACAACCUGUCGGUGAGCGGCGGUGGCAAGGUCUCGGCGGCGCGCGCGGCCCCGGCGGCGGCCCCCUACCUGGUGUCCGGAGAAGCGCUGCGCAGGGCGCCCGACGAUGGGCCGGGCAGCCUGGGCCAUCUGCUCCACAAGGUGUCCCACCUGAAACUCUCCAGCUCGGGCCUCCGCGGCCUGUCGGCGGCCAGGGAGCGGGCGGGCGCGCGGCUCUCGGGCAGCUGCAGCGCGCCCAGCCUGGCCGCCCCGGACGGCAGCGCGCCCCCCGGCCCCCGCGCCCCGGCCAUGCGCGCCGCCAGGAAGGGCCGACCCGGCGACGAGCCGCCGCCUCGCGCCCCGCACGCCAGCGACCAGGUGCUGGGGGCCGGAGUCACCUACGUCGUCAAGUAUCUGGGGUGCAUUGAAGUUCUUCGCUCAAUGAGGUCACUUGACUUUAGUACAAGGACACAAAUUACCAGGGAAGCCAUCAGCCGGGUUUGUGAAGCUGUCCCUGGAUCCAAGGGAGCCUUCAGGAAAAGAAAGCCUCCGAGCAAAAUGUUGUCCAGCAUCUUGGGCAAGAGCAACCUCCAGUUUGCAGGCAUGAGCAUUUCCCUGACUAUUUCCACCGCCAGCCUGAACCUGCGGACGCCGGACUCCAAACAGAUUAUAGCGAAUCAUCACAUGCAGUCCAUCUCCUUUGCCUCCGGGGGAGACCCGGACACAACAGACUACGUUGCGUACGUUGCUAAGGACCCUGUUAAUCGCAGAGCUUGUCACAUUCUGGAGUGUUGUGAUGGGCUGGCCCAGGAUGUCAUUGGCUCCAUCGGACAAGCCUUUGAGCUCCGGUUUAAGCAGUAUUUGCAAUGUCCUUCCAAGAUCGCUGCUCUUCAUGACCGAAUGCAGAGUCUAGAUGAGCCAUGGACUGAAGAGGAGAGUGAUGGCUCAGAUCACCCGUAUUACAACAGCGUUCCAAGCAAGACACCUCCUCCAGGGGGGUUUGCUGAUGCUCGCCUGAAAGCCAGACCCCACGGUCCUGACACAGCCCAGUUUGCAGGAAAAGAGCAAACUUACUACCAGGGGAGACACUUAGGAGACCCGUUUGGUGAAGACUGGCAGCCUACACCUGUCAGGCAAGGAUCCUUGGACAUCUACAGCAUGCCUGAAGGGAAAUCACACGUGGCUCCUACGGGAGAAGCCCCCACCUAUGUCAAUACUCAGCGUAUCCCCCAGCAGACGGGGCCGGCCAUGGGCAGCAGUGCAGAGAGCAGCCCGCGGAAAGACCUCUUUGACAUGAAGCCUUUUGAAGAUGCCCUCAAGAUUCAGUCCUUGGGGCCUGUGUUGAGCAAGGCAGCCUCCAUGGAGUGCAUCAGCCCCGUCUCACCCAGAGCGCCAGAUGCCAAGAUGCUGGAAGAACUGAAAGCAGAGCCUUGGUACCAAGGGGAGAUGAGCAGGAAGGAGGCAGAGGGGCUGCUAAAGAGAGAUGGAGACUUCUUGGUCAGGAAGAGUACCACCAACCCGGGCUCCUUCGUCCUCACUGGCAUGCACAACGGCCAGGCCAAACACUUGCUGCUCGUGGACCCAGAAGGCACGAUCCGGACAAAGGACAGGAUCUUUGACAGUAUCAGCCACCUCAUCAACCACCACCUGGAAAACAGCCUGCCCAUCGUUUCCGCCGGGAGCGAGCUCUGCCUGCAGCAGCCAGUGGAGAGGAACCCGUGACCUGCCAGCUGCCCUGUCCGACACCGCACCUGUGGUCAGGAGGGCUUGGUUCU